CUUUUAUCUGCUUGUAGUGCUCCUAAGAGACGAUUGCUUAUAGUGUCGUAUAUUUGCUUGCAUCAGGUGUCUUGCAUCACCAUAUAUCAUUGGUGCCUUUAGUUGAUGAAAUGAGCAUAUUUCACUAACAAAGAGUCACAUCAGAGUCUGGAUUUACACUAUCUUUUACUUUCCUUUGUGUUUAAUUGCAUCAAAUUGGAAAACUACUCUUUGAGAAAGGCGUAGCUCAGGACAAAAGAGCAAUAGUUUUAGUGGGCAUUUUGGCCCACAUACUGAAAGAACAGAAAAACAGUAUGUUCACAUUUUAAACUUAUUUUGCAUUGUAAAGCCUAUAAACAUUACUAGUAAUACAGCUUCUUCUAAUCUGUUUCCAAGCCCAUAUAUCCCCUCUUCAAGUAGCACCUAUUGAAGAAAUAAGGUUAUAUCUGGUACAGUUUUACGUGUAACUUUAGGAUUGCUCCACAGAAAAGAAAGUCAUUCAAGAUACCUGGCUUGACUAGCAGAUAACCCUGAUAAAAACUGUAGACAGAAAAUUAGAAUAUGACGAUGAUAUUGACCGAAAAGAUAGUAUUUAAUGGAAUGUCCCUUUAGUUCACCUACUACAACUUAACUCUAUUUUGACUGCUCAAAAACGAUUAGUUGAUCCACCUGCUAAUCUUAUGGAGUUCCCACUUUCUUUGAAGAUCCAAGACUUAAUCUCUUUGUUAUUUAUAAGUUAGUAUGAUUAUAGAAAAAUCUUAAGCAAUUUAAGAAAGCCUCUAUGAACUUGGGAGUAAAGCGAAAUGUGAAAGGGGAAGGGGGGCGGGGGUUCUCCCUUGUUAAAGGAUCUAAAUAAAGUAGAGGACUCCUUUUUCUUGUUUUCUAUCUUUUCCUCCUUUCCUUUGUGUUUUCAUUUACGGGGUUAACCUUUGUUUCUGUUGUCGCUGCUUUUGCCAGCCAAAAGCUCUUUGGGGACAAUAUUAAGACGAAUCCACUAGGCAAUAGCUCUUUGGGGUUUAGUGCCUAUAAGCUAUCUCAUCAAUUAAAUUAUUUACGUACUAACCCUGCUUAAAUCAAUUAUUCAUAUGCCCAAAGGGAACUGGCUUGCCUUGCAUGUUCUUCCAAGCCCAAGUGAGUGAGAAGAAGGAAAAGUUUUGAUAUGAGCACGGGUUCCAUAAUCGAGGAGGAAAAGGAAGUCCAGUUGCAGUGGGCUGCAAUUGAAAAACUUCCAACAUUCAAACGAAUUAGAACUUCACUGUUUGAUAUUAAUCAUGGAAGUGAACAAGGAAAUGGUGAAAUAGAAUCGGAAGGCAAGAGGGUGACUGAUGUUACAAAGCUUGGAGCCGUUGAAAGGCAACUUUUCAUUGAGAAGCUUAUCAAGCACAUUGAGAAUGACAAUCUUCAGCUGCUGCGCAAGAUAAGGGAAAGGAUUGACAGAGUUAAUGUCAAACUACCGACUGUGGAGGUCCGAUACAAGAAUCUGUCCAUUGAAGCAGAGUGUGAGAUUGUUCAGGGGAAGCCUCUCCCUACACUGUGGAACUCUCUAGUUAGCUCAUUAUCAAUUUUUACAAAGAUGACAAGGAUCAAGCUUCAAGAAGCCAAGAGGAUCAUUCUAAGAGAUGUCAGUGGCAUCAUCAAGCCAUCAAGGCUUACUCUUCUUCUUGGACCUCCAGGUUGUGGGAAAACCACAUUAUUGCUGGCUCUAGCAGGAAAGUUAGACCAAUCCCUCAAGGUCACAGGUGAAAUCUCUUAUAAUGGUUAUAGUCUACAUGACUUUGUUCCUCAGAAAACUUCAGCCUAUAUAAGCCAAUAUGACCUGCACAUUCCUGAGAUGACUGUGAGAGAAAUAGUAGACUUUUCAGCGCAAUGCCAGGGUGUUGGAAGCAGGGCAGAUAUAAUGAUGGAGGUUAGCAAAAGAGAAAAGGAAGCAGGCAUUGUCCCUGAUCCUGAUGUUGAUACCUACAUGAAGGCAAUUUCAGUUGAAGGACAGAGAAGCAAUCUACAAACAGAUUACGUUUUAAAGAUACUUGGCCUGGAUAUCUGUGCUGAUAUCAUGGUUGGUGAUGCAAUGAGAAGAGGCAUAUCAGGUGGUCAGAGAAAAAGGCUGACAACAGGAGAGAUGAUUGUAGGCCCCACAAAAGCUCUUUUCAUGGAUGAAAUAUCAACUGGAUUAGAUAGCUCUACAACCUUUCAGAUUGUUACCUAUCUUCAGCAAUUGGUGCACAUCAGCAAUGUAACAGCAUUGGUUUCACUUCUUCAGCCCGCACCUGAAACAUUUAACUUAUUUGAUGAUGUGCUGCUGAUGGCAGAGGGGAAAAUUGUAUACCAUGGUCCUCGUAGCAAUGUGCUUGGCUUUUUCAAGGAUUGUGGUUUCAAAUGCCCUGAAAGAAAGGGUGUCGCAGACUUCCUCCAGGAGGUGAUCUCCAAGGAAGAUCAAGCACAAUACUGGUGUGAUCCUGACACUCCUUACAAUUAUGUUUCAGUGGAUCAAUUUUCUCAAAUAUUCAAAACAAGUUAUUUAGGAGAAAAAUUAGAAGAGGAGCUCUCAAAGCCGUUUGACAAAUUACAAGGCCAAAACAAUGCUUUAUCAUUCACCAAAUACUCUUUGGGUAAAUGGGAAUUAUUCAAAGCCUGCGUGGAUAGAGAGCUGCUUCUCAUGAAGCGGAAUUCAUUUGUCUAUGUAUUCAAAACAGCACAGCUCGUAAUCACUGCAUUCAUGACAAUGACAGUAUUUAUACGUACUCAGAUCAAAGUGGACUUGAUAAGUGCAAACUAUUUGAUGGGUUCUAUGUACUAUACACUUGUCAGACUCAUGACUAAUGGUGUUGCAGAGCUGUCCUUGACAGUCAUCAGACUUCCUAUUGUCGACAAACAAAGAGCAUUCUACCUGUACCCACCAUGGGCUUAUUCUAUCCCAGCCUCCAUCUUAAAGAUUCCUCUAUCACUAGCUGAUUCUAUGCUUUGGACAGCUAUAACUUACUAUGUUAUUGGCUAUAGUCCUGAAGUGGAAAGGUUUUUUUGCCAGUUUCUUCUACUAUUUGCCCUGCAUCAAGCAUCAACAUCCAUGUGUCGCUUCAUUGCCUCAGUUUUUCGUACAAUGGUUGUUGCAACAACUGUUGGUUCUGUGAUUUUGGUACUGAUGUUCAUCUUUGGGGGCUUCAUUCUUCCGCGAUCUGCUUUACCACCUUGGUUGAGGUGGGGAUUCUGGCUUUCUCCCAUGACAUACGGGGAAAUAGGUAUAUCACUGAAUGAAUUCCUUGCUCCACGCUGGCAAAAGGUCUCAGAGGGAAAUUCAACCAUAGGGAAGGAUGUUCUAACCAGUCAUGGCUUGAAUUUUGAAGGCUAUUUCUAUUGGAUAUCAUUUGGGGCAUUGCUUGGCUUCACAUUACUUUUUGAAUUUGGAUUUAUAUUAGCUUUAACUUACUUAAAACCUCCAAAGAUGUCUCAAGCUAUAAUAUCAAAGAAAAUCUGGUUCUCUCAAAUUCACCAAAGAGAACCUGGCAAGGUUACUACAGAGGUAGACACUGGGUCAACUGCUGUUCCUCAAACUACACCAGAAACAACGAGAAAGGUCCUCCCAUUUCAGCCAUUAACUGUAGCAUUCAAGGAUGUGCGAUAUUCUGUAGAUACGCCUAUGGAAAUGAGAAAGCACGGGUUCAAGGAGAAGAAGCUUCAGCUACUUCAUGAUAUUACAGGAGCAUUUAGGCCUGGGAUUCUUACAGCUCUGAUGGGUGCCAGUGGAGCUGGGAAAACAACUCUCAUGGAUGUUCUUUCCGGAAGGAAAACUUGUGGAAUCAUUGAAGGAGAUAUAAGAAUAGGAGGGUAUCCUAAAAUCCAGAAGACAUUUGCAAGAAUAUCAGGAUACUGUGAGCAGAAUGACACACACUCUCCCCAGAUUGCUGUUGAAGAAUCCAUCGUUUUUUCAGCAUGGCUGCGGUUACCUCCAGAGACCGACGUGAAAACAAGAAGAAGAUUUGUAGAAGAAGUCAUUGAAACUAUGGAGCUUCAUGAUAUAAGAGAUUACUUGGUUGGCACACCUGGCCAGAGUGGCCUGUCUACUGAACAGCGUAAAAGGCUAACAAUUGCAGUGGAGCUUGUUUCUAAUCCAUCAGUUAUAUUCAUGGAUGAGCCCACAUCAGGUUUAGAUGCCAGAGCAGCUGCUAUUGUGAUGCGUGCAGUAAAGAAUGUAGCCGAUACAGGAAGGACAAUAGUUUGUACCAUCCACCAACCAAGCAUUGAUGUGUUUGAGGCAUUCGAUGAGUUGAUUCUAAUAAAAACCGGAGGGCAGAUUAUUUAUUCCGGAGAGUUAGGUCAUCAUUCAUGCAAACUUAUCAAAUACUUCGAGGGUAUUCCUGGUGUCCAAAAGAUCAAAGAUAAUUAUAAUCCAGCUACAUGGAUGUUAGAAGUUACAUCUGCAUCAGUGGAAGCAGAACUCAAAUUAGACUUUGCCAGCAUUUAUAAGGAGUCUCAUCUGUACAAGGAAACUUUAGAAUUGGUGAGACAGUUAAGUGAACCUCAGCCAGGUUCAAAAGACUUGCACUUUCCCACUCGUUUUCCACAAGGUAGAUGGGUACAGUUUAAGGCUUGCCUGUGGAAACAACACUUAUCUUAUUGGAGAAGUCCUGAAUACAAUCUGGAUCGUUUCAUAUUUAUGCUUGUAUCGUCCCUGUUGUUUGGAGCAGUCUUUUGGCAAAAAGCAAAACAAAUCAACAACGAACAGGAUUUAUUUAACAUACUUGGAUCAAUGUACAUUGCUGUCAUAUUCUUGGGCAUAAACAAUUGUUCAACAGUUCUACCAUAUGUGGCAACUGAGCGCACUGUUUUAUACCGGGAACAAUUUGCUGGAAUGUACUCUCCCUGGGCUUAUUCAUUUGCACAGGUGGCAAUCGAAAUACCUUAUGUAGCAUUGCAAGCAAUCCUGUAUACUGUGAUUACAUAUCCUGCAAUAGGGUAUUAUUGGUCAGCAUACAAGGUCCUUUGGUACUUGUAUGCAUCAUUCUGCACAUUGCUAUAUUUCGUAUAUCUCGGGAUGCUUAUGGUUUCGUUGAGCUCGAAUAUGGAAAUGGCCUCCAUAUUGGCGACUGCUGUCUACACCAUAUUGAAUCUUUUCUCUGGGUUCCUUAUGCCAGGACCGGAAAUUCCCAAGUGGUGGAUUUGGUGCUAUUGGAUUUGCCCAACAUCUUGGUCCCUAAGUGGCCUCCUGACUGCACAGUAUGGAAACAUUGACAGAGAGGUAUCUGUAUUUGGGAAGCUCAAAACUGCUACUUCUUUCCUAGAAGAUUAUUAUGGUUUUCGUCAUGAUCAUUUAGCCCUUGUUGCUGUUGUUCUCUUUGCUUUUCCGGUUGCCUUUGCAUCCCUUUUUGCCUAUUGCAUAGGAAAACUAAAUUUCCAGAAGAGCUGACUGCAGCAUUGCAGGGAAAAACUGUAUAGACAGGUAAGACAUUUGGAUGGCUGCGUAUAAUAAGAUUACCAAAGAUGGUUUCCUUGGAUGUGGACA